AACGCAGGGCCGGAACGCGGGAUAGACCAUUGAGGGCGCGGGGGUGCAGUCUGAGCCGAGGGCGGAGAUGAGAUCUGCGGCGUGCGGCCUCCAGCGUGCCUCCCCCUCCACCGGCUUAACAAGGUGUUGUGCUCCAGACGGCGGCUGGCUGCAGCUCAACGGCCGGGUUUAGGACUAGCACAGCGAGCUGCUCUACUGCCGUGAUGCUGCCCCUAUUGGUGGCUUCGAUGGGCCUGGCGCUCGCCUUCUUCGCUCUGCUGGACGGCUGGUACCUGCUGCGUGUACCGUGCGCGGCACUUAGCGCGCGCCUGCUGGAGCCGCGCGUUCUCGAUCUGCUGGCUGAGCAGAGCCGGGCAGGCCGCGUGCUGCCUUCGGACUUGGAUCUGCUGUUUCACAUGAACAACGCGCGUUACCUGCGUGAAGCGGACGUGGCGCGCAUCACGCACCUGAUCCGCUGCGGCAUACUUGGGGCGCUUCGCGAGCUGGGGGCCAGCACGGUAUUGGCAGCGUCAUGCGCGCGCUACCGCCGUGCGCUGCACUUGUUCGAGCCUUUUGAAGUGCGCACCCGCCUACUGGGAUGGGACGACCGCACCUUCUACCUGGAGGCGCGCUUCGUUAGCUUGCGCAGUGGCUUCGUGUGCGCGCUGCUGCGCUUCCGGCAGCAUGUGCUGGGCACCUCGCCGGAGCGCAUCAUACAGCACUUGUGCAAGCGCAGGGUGGAGCCUCCUGAGCUGCCAGAAGAUUUGAAGCACUGGGUCACUUACAAUGAGGUCAGCAGCCAGCUGCUACGUGCGGAGAGUGGGCUCAGCAAGGACACCAAGGCCCAGUGACUGCUGCUUCUACCCCACCCCACCCUACCUCUUGGCCUCAGCCUGACCAGCAGCGCCCACCUGGCCUGUCAGUUGGCUGUCCUGCAGACCAGGUGUGCUAGGCCAGGCUCCUAGCUACAGUAGUCUUAUGACAGUCGAGCCACCUUUGCCAGCUUGACCUCCUCUGUGCUGGGCCCUGUGCUGGGCUGGGGAGGGGGUAGCAUGGGCAUCUUGACCAUCUGUCCCCUGGCUCGGGCAGGUGGGCAGAAGGGGAUGGGGUAGGGACCAGGGUAGGCCUGGGGAUCUCUAGCACUUGCUCUUGGGCCUGAACCUGACUCAGGGAUAGCAAGGCUUCUGGAUGAUCAGAGCCAGUUUGCCACACAACUUUCUGUGGCCUCUGGCAGGACAGGAAAGCCUGGUGUAGAAUCAGAGAUGUCAGCGGCGGAUACUGGGGAGAGGGACAGAAGCACUUGGAAGGAAGAUUGACUAGUGCUUGCACCAUAGCACAGGUCUACAAGGCUCCCAUGUACAAAAUUGGCCUCUGUCACCUCUUUGUCCGGCUGGGCAAGGGCAGGCUCCUGGGACUUUUGGCCAAGGAGUCACAUGGCACAGUGGGUCCUAGAAGGGCAGUGGGCUUUCCCGGCUGGGGAUUCCCAAAUCGGGAAAGGCAUAGAGCUGGUAGGGGGAGGGGCUCUUAUUUGCCUGUGUCCAUCAGGACUGAUGUGUGGUCUCAGGCUGGACCCUGCCCUUUGGGCACCUCAGCCUUUCAUUCCGAGAAGCUGUGUCUCCUCAACACCUAGGCCAUCUCUUUGGAUGGGAAGCAUUUUUUCUCAGGCCACUUGCUCCUGCAACUACCCCACCUAACAGCUGGGGAACCCAGGUCUAGAGCAGUCUGCAGCUGCUGAGAACUGAAAGUCAAGAGCGUCUGGCCUGAGGCUCUACCAUUUCCCCCCGGAAUGUGUCCUCUUAGCUGGGGUCCAGGUCAGGAGCCCUACUGGCGGUGCUUGUGCCAGCUCAGAGCCAUUGCCUUGGCCUGUGACCUCCUCAUGCCCACUGCGGGACUGCCCUGUAGCUCCAGCCAGAGCUUCUGUGAUGCUGGCUCCUCACUUCCACCUGACUCUUGCCUCCGUGUCCACAUGGGGAAGUUGCAGUCUCUGUUUUAAAGCACAUGAUUAAAGAAUUGUAAAGGUG